AUGACAGUUUACGAGUACGAUAUAUUCACUCCGAUCCCACAAGCUCCCUCAAGAAGAAGACAUUCUCAUUCCAUUCAUUCUUCAAGAGGAAGACAUUCCCUUUCUUCCUCUACCACCUCAGUCCCAUUCUCCGUACCUGGACCGGGACCAACUUAUAUCAGACCAGAACAACGACAAUACCACCUAGGUAUAUCAUUUGACAUGUCCCCAUCAAUAGCAGAGAUCAUGUCCACCCCACCACCUCUCUCACCUUCCUCUCCCUCUUCUAUGACAUACUCAUCUUCCUCGCCUACCACGCCCAUUUCAACAAGUAGAUUGAUAUUCUUCCCUCAGCCACUCAGCUUCGAUCACGACGAUGAAGAGGAAGAUGUAUUUGCGGCUACACCUUCUUCAUGUAGGAAUCGAUCACUGGCCAAGCGGAAUGUCAAUGACGAUUUCAGUUCAUUGGCUUUGGGAUUGGGAGGAAUAGAUGAGUUACCUGAUGAACCAUUCUAUCCCAGUACUUCAGGUACAUUCAGUGGUGUUAACUCUCUUCCUACUAUAUCUCUCAAUUCUACACAACACCCCUCUUCAGGUAGUGGCGGUGGUACGAAUGGAAAUCAGCUACUUCCCUCAGCUAUACCGUAUAGCAAUUCAGGUAUUUCGCAGCCUGUCGAAACGCAAAAGGAAAAACGAAAACCAUUCGGACACACCUUCCUACCACCUUUACCACCCCAACAAAAAGGUGUACCCACACCUCUACUUUCCAUGGGAUUUUUACCUCCUCCUUCGUCUUGGCGACCACCUUGCAACCGAUCUCCUACAAAAUCAACAUUACGGAGGACCGAUUCGGAUAUCCUCCUUCCCUUUGAAGCUGAGAUCCAGGCUGAGGAAACCAAAAGACCAAUCAAGUUGAACCGACAUAUGAGGAAGAGCUCGAACGAUUCUGAAAUGACCAUCAAGUUAGGUAAUGGGUUCGUAGCUUUGGGUGAUUAUCAACCUCAAGACACGGAUGAUGGUAAAAAUGAUGAUUUUCAGUUUCAACCUCAAAAACCGAUGAGCAUCAACACUUAUGGACAUGGAUAUGGUAUUGAACCAAGAUCAAAACCCAAUAUCUCAAGAACUGUGAGUCAACGUGAUCCGACAACUGUACGACACGAAAGUCAUCCGGGCGGAAGUGGAAGUGGAAAUAGAUAUAGAUCAUCCUCAACUUCCCAUAUCAACCCUAAAUCACCACCGCGACCUUCCUCACCCACACCGUACUCGUAUAAACCACAUGUAUCUUCACCUCUGAACCGGAAUGGUAGACUCACUUCGCCAAUCCCAUCUGCGAUGGAUGAAAAUCACUUCCAACCCCAAGGGCAAGCUACAAGUGGGAGUCGGUUCACCAGACCUGUAUCACCUUCUUUACCGGAAGAUCUCCUUACGCCACAUGCAUAUAACACAUACACCCACCAAACACUUUCUUCGGCACCUGAACGACCGAAAUCACCUACGACCGCCAGAGAAUCCCUGAACGCGGUUCUGACAAGACACCCUAAAUAUGAGGGUGAUGAUGAUGAUGCGGAAGGGUACGAAGAAGAUUCAUUAGAUAGAUUGAUCAGGAAUGCUCAAAGAUUCGAACAUGGUUCUUCAUCGUAUUUCCCCAAUACACCACCUAAAUCACCUUCAGCCCAUCCUGAUACUUUACCCAUCCCUUGCAGCUCAAGUAGGAUUGGAAUCAAGUCCAAGGCGAACGCGAAGAGGGGAUUCCCAAUCCUCAAAUCACUUUUCCCACCUUCGCCACCACCUUCUUCACCAUCUAUGAAUGGUACUGCCUCUCUUGAGGUCGAAGACAAUGAUAGACCGGAUGAGAAUGGGUACGGCCAAUGUCAACGUUCCUUUGAUGUGAACAAGGUCAACGAGAGGUUGAAGACUCAACGAGGUAGAAUCUGUUUUGAAGAAUUGGAAGGUGUUGGUCAACCUUUGUUCGAGGAUGCCGAUGAAGUGGUUCAUCAACAUGCCAUGAGUCAUGAUACACGUGAGAAUGAAAAGAAAGAUGGAUCAAGACCUGGUACGGGAAGAAGGUGGACAUUACCUUUUUAA